CUCUUGAAGGAGCACCCAUCUGCUGUACUUGUUAUAACCCCAUCCAUCUUCCCUUCUUCGGAAGGAAGAAUCUCUCUCUCUCCCUCCUCAAAUUUAACAAUUCUCACUCUGUUCUCUCACAGCUUUUCUUCUUGGCCUAAAUAAUCCAUCUCUCUCUGUUACUCAACAAUUCUCCUUCUUCUGAGUGAUGGGUGUGAGCUGCUGCAGGUGCUCCCACACUUCCCACAUCACAGAGAUCAUCAUCACCAGCUUCUUUCGCCACAAACCCUAAAAUUAUUGUUUAAUUUCUUGAUUCUGGGUCUUUUUGAUUGCUUGCCGACGGCAGUGCUGGCACAGUAAAAAACCUGUUUUAGCUGGAAAAACUUCUAUGAUUAAAAGCAUGGCUACUGGUGGUCGUGUUGCUGGUUGUUCUGGUUCGAAUUUUUCUGCUUUGCUCCAAAACCAACGAGGCCCUUGUGCUACUUCUCAGCCUCUUGAUCCCUUUUUCCUUACUGGGUCUUCUUCUUCCUUUCUAGGCUCAAGAUCCAUGGUGAGCUUUGAGGAUGUUCAUCAAGUAAAUGGAUCAACCCGGCCUUUUUUCCGCACUUUUGAUCAAGAUGAGAAUGGUGAUGAUGAAUUGGAUGAGUAUUUUCAUCAACCUGAAAAGAAAAGAAGACUUUCCGUUGAUCAAGUUCAUUUUCUUGAAAAAAGUUUUGAGGUUGAGAACAAGCUGGAACCUGAAAGGAAAAUCCAGCUUGCAAAGGAACUUGGCCUACAGCCUAGGCAGGUUGCCAUAUGGUUUCAAAACCGCAGGGCAAGAUGGAAGACAAAACAGCUGGAGAAAGAUUAUGAGGCAUUGCACACUAGCUAUAACAGCCUUAAGGCUGACUAUGAUGCACUACUCAAGGAAAAAGAUAUACUCAAAGCUGAGGUUAGUCUCCUCACAGACAAGAUGCUUCUCAGAGAGAAGGGAAAUUUGGAAUUGUCUGAUAAAGACACAUUAUCUCAAGAACCACCCAAAAAUCCAAUUGGUGAUUCAACUUCAGAGGGUGAAGUAUCAAAAGUUUCAAUUGUGGCUUGUAAGCAGGAAGACAUCAGCUCAGCCAAAAGCGAUAUAUUUGAUUCAGACAGCCCACAUUACACUGAUGGGGUUCACUCUUCACUGUUAGAGGCUGGUGAUUCUUCAUACGUUUUUGAACCAGAUCAGUCAGAUUUAUCCCAAGAUGAAGAAGAUAAUUUAAGCAAGAAUCUAUUGCCAUCAUAUGUCUUUCCAAAGCUUGAAGAUGUUAAUUACUCAGAAGCAGCUGCAAGUUUUGAAGAUCAUGCAUUCUGGUGCUGGUCAUACUAAGUCAGUCUAGGCAUUUGUGUAUCUUUGUGGUCUGUCUUCUGGAUCAAUGGUCGGUGCAAGGGUAAUUGCAAAUAAAUAAUAAAAUCCAAAGAAUGGCACCCAAAUCCAAAUGGGAUUUCUGGGUUUUGCUUGCAUAUGGAAAGCUGGUAUUUACCCCUCUGUAAUCUUGAUUUUCUAAGGGGUUUUAGAGUUCAAUGGAACUUUCAUCUACGGCUGUAAUUAAAUAAUGUCUUUUCAUUAGUAUAAAUAAAGCUUGAAAUGUUAUGCAA